AAGUCUCCGGGUCCUGACAGGAUAUUCCCUAGGACAUUGAGGGAAGAUAGUGUAGAAAUAGCCGGGGCUAUGACAGAAAUAUUUCAAAUGUCAUUAGAAACGGGAAUAGUCCCCGAGGAUUGGCGUACUGCGCAUGUUGUUCCAUUGUUUAAAAAGGGUUCUAAGAGUAAAACCUAGCAAUUAUAGACCUGUUAGUUUGACUUCAGUGGUGGGCAAAUUAAUGGAAAAGAUACUUAGAGACAAUAUAUAUAAGCAUCUAGAUAAACAGGGUCUGAUUAGGAACAGUCAACAUGGAUUUGUGCCUGGAAGGUCAUGUUUGACUAAUCUUCUUGAAUUUUUUGAAGAGGUUACUAGGGAAAUUGACGAGGGUAAAGCAGUGGAUGUUGUCUAUAUGGACUUUAGUAAGGCCUUUGACAAGGUUCCUCAUGGAAGGUUGGUUAAGAAGGUUCAACUGUUGGGUAUAAAUGCAGGAAUAGCAAGAUGGAUUCAACAGUGGCUGAAUGGGAGAAGCCAGAGGGUAAUGGUGGAUGGCUGUUUAUCGGGUUGGAGGCAGGUGACUAGUGGGGUGCCUCAGGGAUCUGUGUUGGGUCCUUUGUUGUUUGUCAUGUACAUCAAUGAUCUGGAUGAAGGUGUGGUAAAUUGGAUUAGUAAGUAUGCAGAUGAUACCAAGAUAGGGGGUGUUGUGGAUAAUGAAGAGGAUUUCCAAAGUCUACAGAGUGAUUUAGGCCAUUUGGAAAAAUGGGCUGAAAGAUGGCAGAUGGAGUUUAAUGCUGAUAAAUGUGAGGUGCUACACCUUGGCAGGACAAAUCAAAAUAGGACGUACAUGGUAAAUGGUAGGGAAUUGAAGAAUACAGUUGAAAAGAGGGAUCUGGGUAUAACCGUGCAUAGUUCCUUGAAGGUGGAAUCUCAUAUAGAUAGGGUGGUAAAGAAAACUUUUGGUAUGCUAGCCUUUAUAAAUCAGAGCAUUGAGUAUAGAAGCUGGGAUGUAAUGUUAAAAUUGUACAAGGCAUUGGUGAGGCCAAAUCUGGAGUAUGGUGUACAAUUUUGGUCGCCAAAUUAUAGGAAGGAUGUCAACAAAAUAGAGAGAGUACAGAGGAGAUUUACUAGAAUGUUGCCUGGGUUUCAGCAACUAAGUUACAGAGAAAGGUUGAACAAGUUAGGGCUUUAUUCUUUGGAGCGCAGAAGGUUAAGGGGGGACCUGAUAGAGGUCUUUAAAAUGAUGAGAGGAUAGACAGAGUUGAUGUGGACAAGCUUUUCCCUUUGAGAAUAGGGAAGAUUCAAACAAGAGGACAUGACUUCAGAAUUAAGGGACAGAAGUUUAGGGGUAAUAUGAGGGGGAACUUCUUUACGCAGAGAGUGGUGGUGGUGUGGAAUGAGCUCCCAGUGGAAGUGGUGGAGGCAGGUUCAUUGGUAUCAUUUAAAAAUAAAUUGGAUAGGCAUAUGGAUGAGAAGGGAAUGGAGGGUUAUGGUACGAGUGCAGGCAGGUGGGACUAAGGGGAAAAAAAUUUGUUCGGCAUGGACUUGUAGGGCCGAGAUGGCCUGUUUCCGUGCUGUAAUUGUUAUAUGGUUAACUCGAACAACCCGAACAGGGUGAUAAUUGCCGUCUUGGGGACAUCCUCCGGCCGCACGGGGAUCUUGUGAUAUCCCCGCACUAGGUCGAUCUUGGAGAAGGACCUAGCCCCAGCCAGAUAGGCUGAGAAGUCCUGUAUGUGGGGAAUAGGGUAAUGGUCAGCGGUCGUGGCCUCAAGGCAGCGGUAGUCCCCGCAAGGCCUCCAGCUACCGGACACCUUCGGCACCAUGUGCAGCGGGAAAGCCUAUGGGCUGUUGGAGCGUUGAAUGAUACCCAUGGCCUCCAUACUCUGAAACUCCGCCUUUGCUGUGAGGAGCGUGUCAGGAGCGAGCCUACGGGUGCGAGCGUGGAGAGGUGGACCCGAUGUCAGAAUAUGGUGCAUGACACCGUGCCUCAGGCUGGCUGAGCCCAACUUGGGGGUGACAAUGUCCGGGAACUCAGCCAGUACCUGGGCGUACAUUGUCCACAGUCGCUACAGGGUUGCUGACCGGCGCGGUGGGCGCAGUAGAGCGCAAGGAGAUCUUCUCAAAAGUUGACGCGUGGAUGAGACGUUAGCCCUUCACGUCCACGAGGAGCGACUGCUCCCGCAAGAAAUCUGCACCCAGCAACGGCUGGGCCACGUCCGUGAUGAUGAAAGACCAGGUGAAAUGGCACGCGCCGAAAAUGACAGGAACCGUGCGGACGCCAUAUGUGUGGAUUGAACUGCCAUUCGCAGCAGUUAACGGGGGUGCCCUCUUAUCAGCAAGCAUGUCGAGUCCAGAUAGGGGCAAUACGCUGACCUCCGACCCCGUAUCCACCAAGAAUCUGAGCGCCGGUCCCAGCCAUACAGUCAUAGAAACAUAGAUACAUAAAAUAGGUGCAGGAGUAGGCCAAUCGGCCCUUCGAGCCUUCACCGCCAUUCAAUAUGAUCAUGGCUGAUCAUCCAACUCAGAUAUCCUGUACCUGCCUUCUCUCCAGACCCCCUGAUCCCUUUAGCCACAAGGGCCACAUCUAACUCCUUCUUAAAUAUAGCCAAUGAACUGGCCUCGACUACUUUCUGCGGCAGAGAAUUCCACAGACUUGCCACUCUGUGAAUUUUUUUUUUCAAAUCUCGGUCCUAAAAGACUUUCCCCCUUAUCCUUAAACUGUGACCCCUUGUUCUGGACUUCCCCAACAUCGGAAACAAUCUUCCUGCAUCUAGCCUGUCCAACCCCCAAGAAUUGUGUAGGUUUCUAUAAGAUCUCUCCUCAAUCUUCUAAAUUCUAGCGAGUACAAGCCGAGUCUAUCCAGUCUUUCUUCAUAUGAAAGUCCUGCCAUCCCAAGAAUCAGUCUGGUGAACCUUCUCUGUACAUGGCAAGAAUGUCUUUCCUCAGAUUAGGAGACCAAAACUGUACCCAAUACAUACCAAGGCCCUGUACAACCGCAGUAGAACCUCCCUGCUCCUAUACUCAAAUCCUUUUGCUAUGAAUGCUAACUUACCAUUCGCUUUCUUCACUGCCUGCUGCAAAUGCAUGCCUACUUUCAAUGAUUGGUGUACCAUGACACCCAGGUCUCAUUGCAUCUCCCCUUUUCCUAAUCGGCCACCAUUCAGAUAAUGGUCUACUUUCCUGUUCUUGCCACCAAAGUGGAUAACCUCACAUGUAUCCACAUUAUACUGCAUCUGCCAUGCAUUUGCCCACUCACCCAACCUAUCCAAGUCACUUGCAGCCUCCUAGCAUCCUCCUCACAGCUAACACUGCCCCCCAGCUUCGUGUCAUCAGCAAACUUGGAGAUGUUGCAUUGAAUUCCCUCGUCCAAAUCAUUAAUAUAUAUUGUAAAUAGCUGGGGUCCCAGCUCUGAGCCUUGUGGUACCCCACUAGUCACUGCCUGCCAUUCUGAAAAGGACCCGUUUUACUCCUAUUAUUUGCUUCCUGUCUGCAGUUCUCUAUCCACAUCAAUACUGAACCCCCAAUACAGUGUGCUUUAAGUUUGCAUACUAAUCUCUUAUGUGGGACCUUGUUGAUGGAUCCUGCCGGCCACCGCAGUGACUAUCGGCGGCCAGCGCUGCCGUUUCCUGGAAAUGAAAAUGGCUGGCGGCAUUGGCGGGCUGCUGAUCCCCAGUGCUGGUGGUAAAAACGCCACGUUCUUCGCCUUGGAUCUCUUGGGUCCUUCUCAGCCAUCCUCCUCUCGUGUGCCACUUGUCUUGUCUGUGGCUCCUGUGGGCGUGGCCUUCUUGUGGCCGUGGUCCUGGGUAGCUGGGCCUGCCAGGGCGUUGAAUCAAUCCGGUCCAGCGAUUCCGGGGAUUCCAGCAGCGCCAGGUAUUCCAGCGCGCCCACCUGCUGCUGGUCAGAGAACCACAGCUCAGCACGGGCCGCUAACUGGAUGAGAUCUUCAAAACUCUCCACCACGAGCUGCUGGCGGAGGUCUCAUGGCAACUAUUGCAGAGUGCAGUCUGAAUAUGGAUGAUCCACAGGAGCUUGGAAAGUUUUCACAGCAAAACAAGUAGGCCCGGGAUGCCUACAUUUUACUGCAUUUGGCCUUGUGAAAAGUGCAGCUAUUGCAAUGUAUUGAGUACAAGAAAAUGUAGGAACUGUAGUGAAACAAUGAGAGACGCAGAGCAGCCUCUGUAUUUGGAAGAUAAGAAUUUGCUUCUUGAGCACAACCAAAGAAUCCUUGCAACUUGCUCCACUACUGAAAAAGAGCAUCCGUACUUCAAGGUUGCUGAUGGAUUUCAUCUUGUAAGCGAGAAGGCAAAUUACGAAACUGCUUCUGACAAAGCCAUUGAACAACUUUUGGAAUUUAGAAUAAAAUCCGAUGCCCUUCAUAGAGGAUUACAGAUUCGAUCUGGUGAAGAAAUUGUUGAAGAAAAACACCCGCCUUCAACUAAUUUGGUGUCGGCAUAUGAAUUUGAGUCUCCCCAUGAAAGUUCAUGUGUAAAGAAUCUAUUUACCAGCCUGACAACCAAGGGAACUGGCCAACUGUCUGAUCAUGGACAAGAAAAAUAUACUAGCAAAAUGGAUUUGAUGAAAGAGCAAGGAAAUGAUACUAACCUGUCCUUGGACACAGAAUUUGAGAUGUAUAGGAAACUGAGUGAAAUGUCAUUGCAACAAGCUUCUGGUGACUGCUUUCAUGAAUUGGAGAAAAGAACUCUACAUCAUUGCAUUCCUGAGUAUAAGGAUUCUGCGACAUCGGAAGCCUUGGAUGUGGAACCAAUUUCUUGUUAUCACAGUGUAAACAGCACAGCAAGCCACGAUAUUUCUGACUUUGUUGAUUAUUCUAGAUACGGAGAAAUUUCUCCCAAAAUACAAAGUCCAACAGCAUAUCCAAGCAUUCCUUUAGAAUCAAUUCAAUUUGCACAUUACUCUGAUCCAGUUGAAGACAUAGAUGAGACGUUGUUCCUUUCUGCUGUUACCUCAACACAGAAGUCAUUUGUACUUGAAAAUAAUGGGAUAUCUUCUUCUGAAUCUGCAGAAAAGCCAGAUGGAGCACAGCUUGUAGAAUUCUCAGAUGGAAACAAGGCAGUAUUCAGUGAUAGCAGCACUGAAGUUCUUAAUGGGAAUAAGUUUGAACAAGCAAAUCAUAACAGUUACCUUCAGACUGCAGUAUUAUUGGAAAAUAUUAAUCAAAGUGCACAGUGUUUUCCUUACCAAACAGCAGAGUUUGCUAAAGAUCAAUUUGCUUGUAGGACGUCAACAGAAAUUGAAAAUUUCAAUCAAGCACCAUUGGAGGCACUUAAUGAGAUUGGGUCUAUUAGUCCUGUCUUACAGAAUCAAGGUAACCAAAACCAAAAUAACAGAGUAUCCAGAUCGGUGGAUUCAAAUCAAGGAUUCGGAAAGUCCCGUGAACUUUUGGACAAUUCGGAUCAGCUAAAUCUGUUUGACGACUCAUUUGUGUCAGCUGUUGGUGGUAGUAUUACAGGUGUGAUGGUGGCAGAGCAGUAUACCAAUGUGACAGUUCAAACGAAUUAUGCUUUUGGAUCACCAGACAUAGAUGGGGGCAAUAAUAAAUCUACCGGCUGUGUCUACCAAACACCAGAUUUAACACCUUCAGGAAAUGCUUCCAUAUUUCAAAGAACAUGCAUUGAUACCCAGUUGAAACGUGAUUGCUUUUCUAACAAAGGCACUAAUAAUUUAAUUGCCACCGUCAAUCAAAUUGUUGAUGCUAGUGCUGAUUUCAGAGCUGAUUUCACCACGGAAAAAGCCACAACAGCGAUGGUCUCUGUUAUUGAUCGAGCUAACAAUACAGAUAUAAUUUUAAUGAGCAAAAAUAGACCAACUCUAGGCCAAAGUAAGACCUACGAAACUGUAGCUUGUAAUACCAAAUGGUCCAUUGCUGAUUCAACCAUGAAACAACAAGGCACUCAGACGGAUAUGGUUGGAACAAUGGAUAAAUGCACCAAUACUGUCUCGCAGACAACAGAUUGUAAUUCAGAUGAAAAGGAAUUGGACAAUAAUAAAUGCAAAACCAAAUUGAGGAAAGUUCUCGGUGAACUUGAUCAGCUGAAGAAAAAGUGUAAAAGAACAGAGUUGCAGCAACAGCGUCCAGUUUACCUGACUGUCAGCGAAGAUGGAAAUUAUUCAUCAGACUGCUGUGGUUAUAUGAAGCAACGAGCUCUAAAGGCAGAGUUACAAUUUUUGAAAAUGCAAUAUUUGAUGUGUCGACAGCAUUGCUGGAGAGUUCACAGUGUAUAUAUUGAAAAUAAUAUAUCUGGAGACUCAGGGUUCCCAAGAUUGGAAGACGGCACUGACAAUGGCACAGCAUUAUCAUCUGUGUUACAAGGGCUUAAAAAUAACUAUGAGGGCAUGAAGCAGAAAGUGCUGGAAGGAAUAUCUUUGGACAGUCUCCCUUUGUUGUCUGUUGAGUUGAAUCUGCCAUAUGGUACAUUUGUUCCUGCUAUGUUGGGAGAAAAAUCACCUUCACUGCAUCAGAGCAAUUCAAAUUACAGCAAUGAAGUUGCUUUCAAUGUAGAGCCAUCGUGUGAAGACCUAUUUAGAAAACAUCACGGAGAUGAUGACAAAGUUGAAAAGCCAUCUGAAGAACUACACAGUGAACUUUAUCAACAUAUGCCAGAUAAAGCAGAGGGUGUCUGUGAAGAAUUUGUAACACAGGCUACAGCCAACGAUCUUGAAGUAACUGAUGAUUGGUUUGAUGCAGAAGAAACAUUCACUUCCUCUGGUGGCCUUGACUGCAUGGAAGGGAAGAUGAAUAGUCACUUUGAAGCUGUGACAGCAACAGAUGUCCAAAGAAGCAUUGAAUAUGUUCAUGACGAUAGAUCUGUGGAAAGGGAGAUAGCUCAAACAAGUUACAUUUAUGUGGAUGGAUUGCCUAGAAUAAUAACAGAGGUAGAAUUAAGAAUGCUUUUUCAGAAGUAUCAGGUGUCAGGAAUUUGGCUUUGCAAUUUGCACAGUGAUUACAGGUGUGGAGUACUAAGAGUUGCCUCUCCCAACUUUGCCAAGAUAGCAGUGGAUGAAAUGAAUGGAAGAGAAUAUCAUGGAAAGUCCAUUAAAGUCCACAUGGCAAAAAUCUCAGGAGAUCGCAUGUUAUUUGUGCUUAAAAAUCAUACACAACUACCACUGAAGGGGCAGCAUUUGAUACAGGAUCAUGUUACCAAGGACACCAAAUUCAAAGUGGACAGUCAAGAGGAGUUUUAUUCUGCAUCUACAAAGAUUCUUAAUGCAGGUUCUCAAAAGAUGAGCGGAAGGAAAUAUAAACAGAUGCAGUGUUUGCAGAACACCACAACAGCAACAGGAACAUUUAUUCCCCCAAAUUCUGCCAAUUUAAGUAGUUUCAACAAACUAAUGAAGACUCUCUUGGAAUUGUACCCUGAAGCAAACAGGUCAGAAAUAUUUUGUAAUGAUUAGAGUCAAUACCUGCUCUAGAAUCCUGCACUAUAUUAUCAACACCUUUUGUUUUAAGAAAC